AUGUCCGUCAGUCUCCACAGGCGGUCCCGCCGCUCUUUUAAGCUAGGAAUUUUUUUCCAAAAUGAACAGCACCACCAUCCUUUCUUCGAUAAUGAGAGCAGAGAGAAAAGGGCACGACCAGCGCAGGGCCCGCAAGCAAAGGCCUCUUCUGCAGUGGCUAAGAAGACGGACAACAGUGACAUGAAUGGAUUGUGCGAGUGCAAGUUUCUUUGGUGUAAAAACUGA